AGUUUCCAGCGUCACUCUUCGCCCAUCGCUCGUCGUCCGUCGGUCGUGUGCCGCCUUCUAGUUGUAUUUUAGUUAUUUUUGUGCCUUUUUUAAUUCCGCGUGGGCGUGUUCUGUGAGCUCGUACGAACGUGCGUACUCGACGUCGCAUCGUUUGUUUAAUUAGCCGUCAGCCAGCCAGCCCAGUGUGUCGUGAGCUCAGCCGGUGCCGGCAGAGACAGCUCCAUCGGAAAAGAGCGGGCAGCCAGCAUCAAGUGACUCCGGAAGAAGAAGAAGCGCUACAGCAAACAAAGCAACCACAGCAACCAAACCACAGAAUGGCCAACGAGGACACCAGCUUUAUUCCCGAUCUGCCACCGGGCGGACCUCUAUCGGUCUACCGCAAGCGGGCCAACUUUGACUGGAAACGAUUGCGUCUGAUCUUCGAGAAGGAGCAGGGACUGCGCAUCAAGUACAAGGUAUGGCGUCGCUUGGAGAGCGACCCCCUCUUCGCACAUUCCUCGCGCACGCUCCCCAUGGACGAGCAGAAGCGGCUGUGCGCCAUGCAGGUGAACCGCAUGAAGCAGCUGGACCUGGUGCCCAGGGAGAUCGAGAGCCUGAGCUUCUCCGCAAAGACCAAGUACCUCAUGUACAUAAACGAGGCACUAGCCAGCUACUCUCCCAGUCUCUCCGUGAAGAUCGCUCUGGGCGUGGGACUGUUCAACAACGCGAUUCGGGCGAUGGGAACGGAGAAGCACACCAAGUACAUCGAGGCGGCCUGGAACCGCGAGGUGAUCACCUGCCUGGCUAUCACAGAGCUCUCGCACGGCAGCAACACGAAGAGCAUCCGUACCACGGCCACCUACGAUCCGAGCACACAGGAGUUUGUGAUCAACACGCCUGACUUUGAGGCGGCCAAGUGUUGGGUGGGAAACCUAGGAAAGACGGCUACGGUAGCCAUGACCUUCGCCAACCUGUAUACGGCCGAUGGCCAGAACCACGGACUGCACGGCUUCCUCAUCCCCGUGCGCGAUCCUAAGACACUUCUCUCCUAUCCAGGCGUCCUGGUAGGCGACAUCGGCGAGAAGUGCGGCCUAAACGGCAUCGACAACGGCUUUAUGGUCUUCAGUAACUACCGCAUUCCACGCGACAACCUUCUCAACCGCACCGGCGACGUCACUCCCGAGGGCGUCUACGAGAGCGUCUUCGCAGAGCCAGGCAAGGCCCUUGGAGCCGCCCUUGAGAGCUUCUCCGCCGGUCGCAUCGGCAUUAUGCAGGAAUCGGCCAACACCCUGUGCAGUGCCGCUGUCAUCGCCGUCCGCUAUGCUGCGGUCCGCAAGCAGUUCGGCCCGGAGCGUCAGGGCGCAGAAAUGGCCAUCCUGGAGUACCAGUUGCACCAAUACCGUAUAUUCCCCUACCUGGCUGCCGCCUGUGUGCAGAAGAUUGCCGUCGAAGAGCUGACCAUCACAUAUCUGGAGAUCAUAGCCCGCUCCCAGGCGGAUUCCAAUGGCUUUGAUAUACUGACCCAGAACGCUGCGGAGAUUCAUGCCCUGAUCUCGGCCUCCAAGCCGCGCAUAACUUGGGCAGCACGGGAUGCCAUUCAGGAGGCGCGUGAAGCCUGCGGUGGCCACGGCUAUUUGGCGGCUGCCAAGCUUGGUCAGAUGCGGACCGAUCACGAUCCCCUGUGCACCUACGAGGGCGACAACAACGUGCUGGGCCAGCAGGCGUCGAACUGGCUGCUCCGUCAGUGGGCGGCCAAGGAUCUGGAGACGCCAAUUGGCAGCGUAAGGUUCCUGGAGCGACGGGAGCAUCUCAUGAGUCUCAGAUACGCUCAACUGGUGGCUCAGAGUCCGCUUUCCAGCUGGGAGUUCUCGCUCAGGUGCUAUGAGUGGCUGCUGUGCCACCUGAUGGCCCACACCACGGCCCACAUCGAGGGGGAGCUGGCGGCUGGAGGGACCAAGUUCGACGCCCGGAACAACUCCCAGGUGGCAGGAGCUCGCGAGCUUUCUCUCGCCUACGCCGAGUACUUUGCCCUGACCCGGUAUGUGGAGCACGUGCGUCGGCUGCAGGUGGAGCCUGCGUAUUGCAAGGUGUUGCGCCUGCUCUUCGACGUGUACGCCAUGUGGCUGCUGGAGAAGCACAUGACCACCUUCUAUGUGGGCGGAUUUGCCGAAGGAAAGGACUUUUCCGCGGCUGUGCGCAGGCUCCUGCUGGAUAGCUGUUUACAGCUGAAGGACGUGGCCGUGAGCGUAGCCGACGCCAUUGCCCCCCCCGACUUUGCCCUCAACUCGGUGAUUGCCCGAGCCGACGGCCUGCUGUAUGAGAAUCUGCAAAACGAAUUUAUGACCAACGAGGGUGCCUUCCAGCGCUCAUCUUGGUGGCGCGAUGUCAUCAUACCCCAGCCCCAGCCCCAGGAGAAGUCCAAGCUCUGAAGAAAAUCGAUCGAGGUCGAGGUCGAGGUCAAGACCGAAACCAAGUGCCUGGUGGUUGUAGUAGUUAUUGUUAUUGGCUCUUUGGAAAUCAUGUAUAAUCCACAUACACUACGCCGUACAUUCGAGUAUUUUAAGAUCAAAUCUGUUACUAAUCGAAUCGUAAGAUUCAGCAAGUUAAAUAAACAUUAAAUGAUAUCCCGUGAGGGCAAUGGGGAAAGAUCUGCCUCUGUUGAACCACCUUCAAAAAAUAUUAUUUAUCAUCCACUGUUUGUAUUAAUCGAUGAUGCAUCAAAUACAUAUAUGUAAACUGAAAAGUACA